UUGAGGGCAACACCAGCACUGGUGGACCAUUUUUAAUUACACGCGGCUAGCAUCACUGGCAUGUUGCUCUCAACUCAUGUCCUUCUAAUCUUAUGGAUUUCUACCGUGGGGGGACAAGUGAGACAUUGUGAUUUUCCAAAAAUAAACCAUGGAAUUGUAUAUGAGGAAAAGAAAUACAAGCCAUCUUUCCCAGUUCCUACUGGGAAACUUUUCUAUUAUUCCUGUGAAUAUCAUUUUAUGUCUCCUUCAAGAUCCUUCUGGACUCGCAUAACCUGCACAGAGGGAGGUUGGUCACCGACACCAAAGUGUCUCCGACUGUGUUUCUUUCCUUUUGUGGAAAAUGGUCAUUCUGCAUCUUCAGGACAUACGUACCUGGAAGGUGACACUGUUCAAAUUGCCUGUGAUAAGGGCUACAGCCUCCCAAAUAAUCAGAGCAGCAUUACAUGUGCAGAAGGUGGCUGGUCCUCCCCUCCUGAGUGCAUCUCCACCAAAACAUGUUUAAAAGCAGAUAUUGUAGUUGGCAAUGGGUUUUUGUCUGAAUCAGAAUAUGCUUAUCCUGUAAACAAAGAAACACAAUAUAAAUGUAAACCAGGAUAUACAACAGCAGAUGGAAAAACAUCAGGGACAGUUCAAUGUUUACAAGGUGGAUGGUCGAUUCAACCAAGUUGUAUUAAGUCCUGUGACAGGCCAGUAUUAGUGAAUGCCAGAAACAAAAGUAAGAACACGUGGUUUAAGCUCAACGACAGGUUAGACUACGAAUGCCAUGAAGGCUACGAGAGCCAAGAUGGACACACCUCGGGUUCCAUAGUGUGUGGAGAAGAUGGCUGGUCCCAUUUGCCCGUAUGCCAUGAAAUAGAAUGUCAUCUUCCAUUUUUAGAAGAAAAUGUAGAUGCUGAUCCAAAACAAGAAAAAUACAAGGUUGGAGAUGUGUUGAAAUUUUCCUGCAGACAAAGACUUAGAAGAGUUGGGCCAGAUUCAGUUCAAUGUUACCAAUUUGGAUGGUCACCUAAUUUUCCAACAUGCAAAGGGCAAGUACAAUCAUGUGGUCAACCUCCUGAACUCCCCAAUGGAAAAAUCAAGGACAUAAAACAAGAAAGAUAUGAACACAGUGAAGUGGUGGAAUAUGAUUGCAAUCUGAAUUUUCUGAUGAAGGGGCCUAAGAAAAUACAAUGUGUAGAUGGAAAAUGGACAGCUUUGCCCACCUGUGUUGAACCAGAGAAAACAUGUGGAUUUAUACCUGAACUUGAGAAUGGCUAUGGUCAGCCCUUUUCCCCUCCCUAUCGACAUGGAGUUUCAGUGGUGUUGAAUUGCAGAAAUACAUACACAAUGAUUGGAAAUAACACAAUUACAUGUAUUGAUGGAAUGUGGACUGAGCUUCCUGAGUGUGUUGCAACAAACCAACUUAAGAGGUGUGAAAGACCAAAGCUUUAUGUAAGGGGACUGUCAAGUUCAUAUAUGCAUGAAUUUAAUCACAAUGCCAAAAUAAAUUACCGAUGUACUGGGAAGAACAUAUAUGUACAAACCAUCUGUAUCAACGGAAAAUGGGACCCUGAGCCAGACUGCACAGGAAAAAAGAAACAACUCUGCCCACCUCCGCCUCAGAUACCCAAUGCUCAUAACAUGCUAACCACAGUGAAUUAUCAGGAAGGAGAGAAGGUGGCUGUUCUCUGUAAAGAAAAUUAUGUACUUCACAAAGCAAAAGAACUUGUGUGUAAAAGUGGACUAUGGCAGUCACCACCACACUGUAUUGAGUCCACACAGUACUGUGGGGCCCCUCCGCCUGUUACCAAUGGAGACAUCACCUCCUUCCCGUUAUCAGCAUACCCUCCGGGGUCCACAGUUGAGUACCGUUGCCAGUCUUUCUAUGAGCUCCGGGGCUCCCCGAUUGUGACGUGCAGAAACGGGCAGUGGUCAGAAACACCCACAUGCAUAGAUGCAUGUGUCAUAUCUGAAGAUAACAUGAACAAAAAUAACAUACAGUUAAAAUGGAAAAAAAACCAAAAAAUAUAUGCAAAAACAGGGGAUUUUGUUGAAUUUGAAUGUAAACAGCCACAUACAGCGAGAACAGCAAUACAGUCAUUUCGAGGCAUCUGUCGGGAUGGGAAAUUUGAAUAUCCUACGUGUGAAUGAAACGAGCACAGCUUCCCUGGAUAUACUCUUAAAAGCAACCUUACAGGGUUUUUGUUUUGUUUUGUUUUGUUUUGAAGUAUCUAUGAAACAGAUGACUACCAAUACGGGUGACAACAAGGCUUGAAAUUUUCAUGACCAUGGAUUUGGCAAUAGAUUCUUAGAUAUGAUAUCAAAAACACAAGAAAGAAAAGAAAAAAUAAACUGGACUUCAUCAAAAUUAAAAACAUUCAUGCUUCAAGUAAAAAAGAAAAAAGAAAAUGGAAGUACAGCAGACAAAAUGGGAGAAAAUAGUUACAAAUCAUAUAUCUGAUAAGGGGCUUGUAUCUAGAAUAUAUAAAGAACUCUUACCACUCAAAAGGCAAGAAAAAUAAUCCAAUUUAAAAAUGAACAAAGGAUCUGAAUAGACACUUCUCUGAAGAAGAUACAUGAAUGAACACAUUGAAAGAUGCAUGACAUUAUCAUUAAGUAAAUUGAAAUCAGAAUCAUGAUGAGACAUGGAUGGACUUAGAGACGGUCAUACAGAGUGAAGUGAGUCAGAAAGAGAAAAACAAAUAUCGUAUAUUAACGCAUAUAUGCGGAAUAUAGAAAAAUGGUACAAAUCAACUGGUUUGCAAGGCAGAAAUAGAGACAGUUGUAGAGAACAAACAUGUGGACAUCAAGGGGGAAAAGCGGGGAGGGUUGGGGGGGAAUGAAUGGGGAGAUUGGGAUACCAAAUUGUACACUCUAAAUAUAUGCAGUUUAUUGUAUGCUAACUGUAUCUCAAUAAAAGUUUUUUAAAAAAAUCAUAAUGAGAUACUACUUCACACCAACUGGGAUGGUGAUAAUCAAAGUCAGGUAGUAACAAGCGUCCUUAAGGAUGUGCACAAAUGGGGACCCACAGACACUGCUGAAGGGAAUGUAAAAUGCUGUCCUCCAUUUGGAAAACAACCUGGCAGUUCCUCACGAGGUUAAACACAGAGUUACCAUGGACUCAGCGAUCCAAUCCUAGAUAAAUACCUGGGAGAAAUGAAAACGUGUGUCCAUACAAAUGUGUACGUGAGUGGUUCUAGCAGAAUUAUUCAUAACAGCCAAAAGGUAGAAACAACCCAGAUGCUUAAUAAUAUACACAAGAAAUAAAAGCUACAUCUAAACAAACGGAAUAUUAUUUGAUCAUAUAAAAGGAAUGAAGUACUGUUACACGUCACAACGUGAAUGAACCUCAGAAACAUUAUGCUAAUUGUAGACAGCCGGUCACAGAAGACUACGUAGUAUAUGGUUCCAUUUAUAUAGCGUCCAGAGCAGAUGAGUGUAAGGAGACAGAAGGUAGAUUGGCAGUUGCUGAGGGUGAGAAUGGGGGUGGGGAACGGUGGAGGCUGGUGAGGGCUGAGAGCUAAGGGUGAUACAUGUUCUGAAAUUGACUGGUGAUGAUUGUACAGUUCUGUGAUUAUGCCAGAAAACACUCAGUUGUACAUUUUAAAUGGGUUAAUUGUAUGGUAUGUGAAUUAUACCUCAAUAAAGUUAUUUAAAAAAUAG